CCAUCUUCGGAGCCAAUGGGCGAGUGGGGGAGGCGGGCGCGUCGUGGUCGUCGGGUUCGGCUGGUCGUAGCGCUGAGGAGAGCGGAGCGGAGCGGAGGAGACUUAGAGGAGUUGGAGCUCGGCGCUUCCCCUCCCCCCUCCUCACCCCACCCGCCCCAGCCGCCCCCUCCCUCCCCGCUCGGUCUCCGUCCUGCCGGGGCCCUCUCGGGGGCCAGGCCCAUGGCUCCUCAGAAGCACGGUGGAGGCGCGGGGCCCAGCUCGGGCUCCGCUGGCGGCGCCGCCGGAGGAGGAGGAGGAGGAGGAGGAGGUGGCGGCGGAGGCGGUGGCGGCGGGGGGUUCGGGGGCUCCGCCGCGGCGGCGACUCCGGGCGGUAAAUCCGGUGGUGCCGCAGGCGGCGGCGGCGGCGGAGGAAGCGGUUACUCGGGCGGUUCCUCGGCCUCCUCGGCGGCGGCGGCAGCGGCGGCGGCGCUGCCCCCCGUGAAGAAGCCGAAGAUGGAGCAGAUCCAGGCCGACCACGAGCUCUUUCUUCAGGCCUUCGAGAAACCAACACAGAUAUACAGAUUUCUACGUACUCGGAAUCUAAUAGCACCAAUAUUUUUGCACAGAACUCUAACGUACAUGUCCCACAGAAACUCCCGAACAAAUAUCAAAAGGAAAACAUUCAAAGUAGAUGACAUGUUAUCAAAAGUAGAGAAAAUGAAGGGAGAACAAGAAUCUCACAGCUUGUCUGCUCAUUUGCAACUUACGUUUACUGGGUUCUUCCAUAAAAAUGAUAAGCCAUCACAAAACUCAGAGAAUGAACAAAAUUCUGUAACCCUGGAAGUCCUGCUUGUGAAAGUUUGCCACAAGAAACGAAAGGAUGUCAGUUGUCCGAUAAGACAGGUUCCUACCGGUAAAAAGCAGGUGCCUUUAAACCCCGACCUCAGCCAAAUCAAACCAGGCAACUUCCCAUCGCUUGCGGUUUCCAGCAAUGAGUUUGAACCAAGCAACAGCCACAUGGUGAAGUCUUACUCGUUGUUAUUCAGAGUAACUCGCCCAGGAAGAAGAGAGUUUAAUGGACUGAUCAAUGGUGAAACUAAUGAAAACAUUGAUGUCAAUGAGGAGCUUCCAGCUAGAAGAAAAAGAAACGCUUCAAACCGUGAAGAUGGAGAAAAGACAUUUGUAGCGCAGAUGACUGUAUUUGAUAAAAACAGGCGCUUGCAGCUUCUGGAUGGGGAAUACGAAGUGGCCAUGCAGGAAAUGGAAGAGUGUCCCAUUAGCAAGAAAAGAGCAACAUGGGAAACAAUACUUGAUGGGAAGAGACUGCCUCCAUUUGAAACAUUUUCUCAGGGACCUACACUUCAGUUUACUCUUCGCUGGACAGGAGACACAAAUGAUAAGUCUACAGCUCCUAUAGCUAAGCCUCUUGCAACACGCAAUUCUGAAAGCCUCCCACAAGAAAACAAGCCCAAUUCUGUUAAACCGACUCAGACUAUAGCCGUGAAAGAAUCCUUGCCGACAGACCUUCAGACAAGAAAAGAGAGAGAUGUUUUAAAUGAACCUCGGCAAAAGUUGCGAAUAUUUUACCAGUUCCUGUACAACAACAACACGAGGCAGCAGACUGAAGCCCGGGACGACUUGCAUUGCCCGUGGUGCACACUCAACUGUCGGAAACUCUAUAGUUUACUCAAACACCUGAAACUUUGCCACAGCAGAUUUAUCUUUAAUUAUGUUUAUCAUCCGAAAGGUGCUAGGAUAGACGUAUCUAUCAACGAGUGCUACGAUGGCUCCUACGCAGGAAACCCCCAGGAUAUCCACCGCCAGCCGGGAUUCGCCUUCAGUCGCAACGGACCGGUCAAAAGAACUCCCAUCACACACAUACUUGUUUGCAGGCCAAAGCGUACGAAAGCAAGUAUGUCCGAAUUUCUGGAAUCGGAGGACGGAGAGGUAGAACAGCAGCGAACAUACAGCAGCGGGCACAAUCGGCUCUAUUUCCACAGCGACACGUGUUUACCUCUCCGUCCACAAGAAAUGGAAGUAGAUAGCGAGGAUGAAAAGGACCCUGAAUGGCUACGGGAGAAAACCAUUACUCAAAUUGAAGAAUUCUCUGAUGUUAACGAAGGAGAGAAAGAAGUGAUGAAAUUAUGGAAUCUUCAUGUUAUGAAGCACGGGUUUAUUGCUGACAAUCAAAUGAAUCAUGCCUGUAUGCUGUUUGUUGAAAAUUACGGACAAAAAAUAAUUAAGAAGAACUUGUGUCGAAACUUUAUGCUCCAUCUGGUCAGCAUGCAUGACUUUAACCUCAUCAGCAUCAUGUCCAUAGACAAAGCUGUUGCCAGGCUCCGAGAGAUGCAGCAGAAGUUGGAGAAAGGAGAAUCGGCCUCCCCGGCGGAUGAGGAAUCUUGUGAGGAACAAAGCGGGACAGCAAAUGGAUACAGUGAAAAUAAUACGAGAGAGCGGAUUUCGGAAAUGGAGAGCAUCUCAGGUGUCACAAAACAGAGCAAGAAACAAAAGCUCUGAACUCUAAAGUCAGUUGCCAUUCAACGGACAAGCAUUGAAAUGACGUUCUAGGGUGCAUGAGCUCUAUAAAGAAUUACACACAAAAAUACAGAGAUUCCAAACAGGCACUGCUGGAUGGAAAUAAAUGAUUUCAACAAGGAUAUUGUUUUAACAGGGUUUCUCUUCAGUUAAUUAUGCAAGUACUACAUGUAUAUCGGUUUUGGUGAUGUAAUGACAAUAUUCUAAGAGUUUGAGCAUGAAGAGCAAUAUGAAAAUCCUUUUGUAAUUUUAGUCAUUAGUGUUUUAAGAACUUUAUGGAAUUUACAUAAUUUAAGUAUAUGUAAAACCGUUUUUAUAUUAAGAUUUUUGCAUCUGUAUCUGGCUGUUUUUCCUACCACGAAGUUGUGAAACCUUGGGGAAAGGGCACUGGGAUACAGUUUCUGCUUUUCUUACUUAGAAAUUCUCCAGUUAGCUUUUUGUGAAAAUACCGUCUCACUAUUUAAAGUUUAACCUUGAUCCUUGUAUUUGAAAUCAUUUAUCAAUUGAUCAUAAAUUCCAAUUUAUUUUUAAUGUUUUUACACUAAAAUUAUCGAAGUUGGCGAACGUAGCACUUCCCUUGUCUUGUGCCUGUUUGGAAAGAUCUUGGCUUUUCACGUUACGGACACAGUGAAGUUCCCACCUUGGCUCUUUGAGGUUACCAGCAGUUUGGUUUGUCGUGGAUAAUUCUGAUGUAUCGAUCACCCAGUGUACCAUUUUAAACUUGAACAUUAGCUCCUUUAAUCUUUUUUCUUACACAUUUACACAGCUACACAAACGAUCUGAUGUCAAGCCCCUCUGGGCGGGGGUUCCGCAUCGCUGUGCCGCGCUAAAGCCCGGGGGCUCUGCUCAGGACGCGGCCGUCGUGUCGCUCAGCUUCUCGGGAGGUUUCCGCCUGAGUCCGGACUGCGCUCCAGGCCCUGGGUUUAGCUUUGGCUUUCGAGAUGCCACUCUUGAGGGAAAAAUGCACUGUAAAAUUGGACCAGAAAAUGUGUUGCACUUCUUAUGCAAGUAUUCUGCGAUGUAUUGUAUUCAAUACAGAUACUAAGAUGCUGACUAAAGUAUAUUUGAGCAGUUUUGCACUGCUGUUAACACAUUUUAUGCAUACGUUUACAGAUUUUUUCCAAUGGAAAGUGGUUUCACUACUGGUACAGUAUCAGCACCGAAGGGUUUAUUCCAGCAAGCACUGUGGUUGAGUGACAUCACCUCAAUUUUUUAUUAUCCUUAAAAUAUUGCAUUUUUCAUAUUCUUUAUUUAUAAAGGAACAAUGCUGCUGUAAAUACAGGUAUUUUUAAUUUUUUAUUUCAUUCCAUCACCAUGAGAUGCAGUUCCCUGUUUGUUUAAGGGGUAUAUAAGCUUUCUAAUGGUGUCUUCAGAAAUUUAUAAAAUGUAAAUACUGAUUUUGAUGGUCCUUAAGAUGUGUUUAACUGUGAGACUAUUUAACUAAUGGUGUGGAUGUGAUUUGUCAUCCAGUAUUAAGUUCUUAGUCACUGAUUCUGUGUACAAAAUAGGAAAGAGGGAACCUGCAGCUUUCAUGACGAACUUGUUGAAUUUGCCAGCUCUCUCGAGUUUUAGCAAACUGUAAUUACGCCUCUGGAUAGUACAUCGAGCAUUUCUCUCUGGCUUUAAUUUGCUAAAGCUCUGCACAUAUGUAAAAAAAUAGAUUAUUUUAGGGGAGAAGUAGUUCUAGACUUAUUGCUUAUGUCAUUUCUUAAGCAGUUAUGCUCUUAAUGCUUAAAAGAAGGCUAGCAUUGUUUGCACAAAAAGUUGGUGAUCCCCCCAAAAAUAGUAAUGAAAUUACUUCUGUCCAGUAAACUUUGUAUGUCAUGUCAAUUUAUAAUAAAAGCUGAAAAAAUCCCUUUGUUUUCUAUUUAUAAAGAUGCCUUUUCUAUAUGUACCUUUGAUAGAUUUUGAAGAUAAUCCUGUAAGCCGGUUAAAAUGAAUUUGAAUGGUACAUAGAUGUAAAAACAAAACCCCAGACAAAAAACACCGAGCCAAAUUCAGUUGUUUGAAUGAACCGUUGUUUUUACAUUAAAUGUUUUAUUUGAAAUCUGCUUUUGUACAUAAAGUUCAGUAAUGAAUCCAAAA